CACUACAUAAAGCUGCUCACAUAUCUUUACUUACCCUCCAUUGUAGAGGAGAAGAGCCCUGAAAGAAAUGCAGAUCUAAUUGGUCAGCUUUUAUAUUCUUUUAUCUCAUUUUCAAGGUACUUUAUUAUUCGUUAAUACGCUGACAUGUAACAAAUGAAAUCAAUAAAAAAAACGCAUAGCGGGAAACCCCAUUUAUUCCUGUGCUGCCCGGAGGUUCUUCUCCCGUACAACGGACAGUACCAAAAAUGUCGGAAAACUUCUAGAGUAAAGUUAUUAGUAGAGGAACCACUGAUCGAGACAAUUCGACACUCAUGUCAAAAAUACUAAUAAACUCUUGGAUAUUAAAAUUCAAAAAUUUUGUUUAAAAAAUCAUGGGAUUUUAGAAGCCAUGUAGCAAGAUUCCAUUAUUUUUUGUUGGCUACACUGAUAAGGAAGGUGUUCGAUUUUAGGAGGUAUAUGAGUAACUGGAUAAACAAAUUGAAGUGAACAAUUGUUUGUAACCUGUAAUGUAAAAAAAUAUCUUUCCAUGGUGACAAUGUAAAAAAGAAACAUGAAGAUAAAUGAAAUUCCUACUAUACUUUCACCUUUUUAUUUAACAUACAAUUACUUUUAAUAAAAAUUCCAAAAUGUAAAAUUCAGUGCUUAGAAACAAUAUUAUGAAUACAAAAGCAGGGACACAAAUGGCAAACACACUUAUGUAAAAAUUAGGCUUACUUUUAAAAUAUAAUCGAGAAACAUGUCUUGUUGCAAAGAAACUGACAAAAUCGAACAAUAUUCUUGUGGUGGUUGUUGUGCAACCAACUAUGAUACUGAAAAGAAGAGAUAUUUAAUAUCGGAUCCUGAAACCCACUUUUGUUUUUGUCAAAAUAAUGGAGGAUGUUUUGCUUAUACUAAUGGCAACAAUAACUAUUCUAAUGUUCACAACAUUAUAAGUACAAAUCCAGAACCAUGUCAGUGCGCUGAAGAAAUGAUGUGGAAUUGCAGCGUACCACCCAAACCUGAUUGUAAAUGGUUUAAUAAUUUCUCUGAAUUACGUAGACAAUGGAGUAAUCAUGCUCGUCAGCAAAAUUGUAAAUGUUGUAAUUGCAGGAGAAGAUAAUUUAAAAUAUGUAUGGAAAUAAGGCAAAACAUAAGGAAGAAAAUUUAUUUUACUUCCAUUAGGUAAAACUAAAUACAAGGAAUUUUGGUUUAACUGAGUGUGUCACAGAUUAAUAAGGGAUUGACUUUUCAUGGAAGUUAAUAAUGAUGGAUAACAUGAAAAUUACUCGCUAAGACAGUGCAAAAAAAUAUUAUGGAGAUAUACAUACAAUUUUUAUGAUUCUCAUGCAUGUCAGACUACUGAUUUAAUAAAGAAUUAUAAGCAUUUUUUAAAUUUAUUAUAAAUAUUAUAUUAAGGAUACAUGUUAUAUUAAUUAUGAUAUAUUUCCUUAAUAAGAAUUAUAAGAAUUUUAUAAAAAUUUUACAUGAGAAAGUGAAUUCUUCAGUAAUUCCAUAUUUUCAAACUUUUAUGAAGUUCGAAAAGAUGGUUAUA